UUGAAUGUUCAAAAGCGCUCUCGCGGUGCGCAUUGUUUGGAAGAGCAUCGUCGUCGAUGGCCGCACGGGGCCCUUGCAAAGGACACUGAUCCAGAGCGGACCAUGGCUGAGCCUUCUACGCGACGCUGUCACCCAUUUCACUCACGUGAACGGAUAAAUUUCCCCGAUUUCAGCCCAAUCUUCAGCCGGCAUGUCACUCCAGAGAGCUCCAAGGGAUUUCAUUGGUCCAUAGACCAUCUUGCAAGACUGAAACCUGCAGAAAUAGACACUGAUCCUGUGAGUCUGGUCAAGACCAAUGGUGAAAGUCCAGAGAACGAUGGUGAGAGGCAGGGAGUGGCCGACCUUUUCUUCUCCCAGCGCUCCAUUCUUCCGUCGCCGUGGCCAACCAGUGGUCGCCAGAGAAGCAAUUUACGACAGGGACUCACCCCCAGACUCCUCCCUGGCUCCGCCCUAACUCCGGUCGCCCACCCGAAGAAAGUCACCUUCUCUCCUCACCCUCCAUCGACUGCAUACAUCAGCAGUAGUGACUGUAUGGAGGUGGACAAUAAGGAGAAUGCUCUUGUCAAUGUUGCGACACAGACUUGCAUCACCAUUCCAUUCUCCUGCGACCUCAGAGAACUUCUCGGACCAGGGUUUUCGUACGGCGAGACAGACGGUGGGGUGCGAGACCUGGCCAACUCCUCGCUGCGUCGCAAGUUGUUUGGUCAGCCGAAUAGGGGAGACUCUGGGACAGAGGAGGAGGAGGAGGAGGAGGAAGAGGAGAGGAAGGAAGAGGGAGGGAAGGUUGAAAAUGACCCACCACUGUGUACAGAUUUAACCCCUAUGAGGUGUGUGUCAGGUGACUGCAGUCAUCUCUCAUCCACUCCUCUCAAGUCUCGAACCUCACACUGUCCCCACCCUCACACCUCCUCCUCCUCCCCUCUCAUCUUCUCCGCCCACCUACCCACGAGUUCCUGUCACCCCACCACCUCUUCCCUUGUCCUUACCCCUGGAGUAAAUCUACCCCAACUCUCCCCCAUCGAGAAUGAUAGUAGGGGCACAAGAGAGGGGUCAAAGGGUAACUGCGAAUCUUGCAAAAGAUUGUUUUCCUCACUCUCCCCAAACCCUCAGUCCCGGAGUGGUCCUCACCCCACUCCCUCCCCUCCCACCUGUCCACCCUUCUCCCCCAUCCUCUCCCACUCUGCCGGGGUGGGCGUGGCCUCCUGUGACGGUGUGAGGAGUGCUGGCGGUGGCAACGGUGGUGGUGGUGAGCCCCUCGUCUCCAGGACACCUUGUCGAGUCAGCAAUAAUACCCCGAGCAAGGCAACUUCGACUCCCUACUGCAAUGGAGUUGAUCUUGUGAGGCAGCAACAGAUGAUGACAGGAGGGACUGGAACAAAGGCUGAUCUUCCCACCAGUAGAGAGAAGCCGGCCAGGAGAGAGGAAGGGGAGGAAGAGGGAGGAGGAAGUGGGAACAGCAGUGAAGAUGCUCCGCAGCCCAUCUCCCUGGGAGACCUACAGACAUACUAUGACGACGACCUCACCAGUGUUACUGGAAUAACCACGUGCACCAGCUACUUCACUCGGCUGGCAACUGAUGAUAGUCGCAGUGCCAGCGACAGACAACCCCUACACUCAACCGUCGCCAUCCAAAAUCUGAACCCCCAAAUUUCUGUCCCGGACCCCCACUGGGGGGCAGGACGUCUCAGACUACCUUCCAUCAGGGAAAUUUCGCGAAUCAACAACGAACCCUCUAUGACGGGGACUGCCACUGACUCGGGGGUCGCCGGUUCCCUGGAUUUCAACCAGCCCCCCGGUGCGAGUCUAGGGAACAGUAGGGGACCCGAAAAUUCGGCCAACGCCGGUUCCCUAAUGGAGCAGGAAAAAGACAACAAGGCCACCUCAUACAAGAAUUCUCAGCCACCACUGGCGAAAAGUGAAGUUGACAGCGGCUUGGUACCCUCGCCUGACCACACCCACGGUGACCACGCCCACAUUGGCCACACCCCUAGGAAAUGUGGUGCAGUAAACCACAUGAGCAAGGCUCAAGAUAUCAAGACCAACCAUUCCCCCAAGUGUCCACUCCUGUGACAGAGAAACCACCCAACAUUACUCCCUCCCGAUAUUCAAACUCUCAUCUCCAUAGAAACAAGUUUGGGGUGCCCCUGUUCGUUAGUCAAAAAUUUUCCACUUGUCAUCAUCCACUCUUUUGCGGGAACUUUCUCCCCAAGCUCCUCCCACCUCGUCAGACUCCGCCCCUCACCUCGUCUCGCGAGGCAACCCCGAGCAGAUUAACCGGUUUGCCAAACUGGUUUGGCGAGUUUGUCGGUGGUGGCGGGAGAGGAGGACACGCCCCCCUAUUCCCUGAGGAAGUCAUUCGGAGGAAAGCAACUCUAAAGGCUCAACUACAAUUCUGCAGUCCAGCUCAUUCAAGAUCUCCUCUAUCAAACAGCAGACAACCGCUGGUUGACACUCUAAAUCUUCCUUCACCAGUUGCAACCUCUCACCCUCUCCCUCCCUCCCCACUCCCUAAACCCCCACCUUCCCCCCUCCCCGCGAGGCACUCGAAACACCACCACUACUGCUAGCACAACACUGACACCACCAAGCACAGAAUGCCACAGCUGUACGCAUUCUGUAUCACUGUAUUAUGCACUUCUCACAUUUUUAUUUUGCUUAUGCCUGUAUAUACUCAAUUUGUAGUUUUGGUCAAUUUCUGUUAUGUCAAUAUACUUUUGCUUGAAUAUUUACACAUACUCCCCCCAUGUG